CAAAGGAUCUCCCGCGAUACUCCGGUGGGUGCUGCAAACAACAACCCUGUGAACGGGACGGGACUCCCGGCGUGGUGUGCUCAGCUGGCAGGAGGGUCCCGGAGUUUCUGAGAGCGGACUGAAGCUCCAGCCUGCAGGGCUGAUGCUUUGCCUGCUGCGAAGGACCUCGCUCUGAUGCUGAAGGCCGCGAGGAUGGCGAACGUCCGGAGAGUGUUGGUGCAUCUCUCCAAAGAGAACAACCGGCCGCAGCGAGCCAAGUUUCAGCAGAGCAUCGUUGGUCACUUCUGUGCAGCAUCAAAAGACAGCUUGAUGGUGAACUGUGGCCUGAACCAACGCCAAUUCCUCAUUUCGGAUGCAGAGUUUGCUGGCUCCAAGCAAGCCCUUCUGCAGAGGCCCACCUUCUGCCCCAUCAAGCAUUUGAGUGAUGCGCAAGCCGCUUCUCUCCCUGCGGAGACCCGAGAUCGAGGUGUGGACGUGGGUGUGGCCAUCCUCCUGCAGUCCGCCUGCCGGAAGGUUUUGUUAACGCGGCGCUCCAAAAGCCUGAGUAUCUUUCCCAACCUCUGGGUCCCUCCAGGUGGUCACAUUGAACCUGGUGAACAGUUGCUGGACGCUGGCCUGCGAGAACUGCGAGAGGAGACGGGCUUGUGCCUGCAAGACGGGGAGUUCUCCUGGCAAAUGCUGGCCCUCUGGGAGUCUGUAUACCCUCCCAUGCUGAGCAGAGGCUUGCCGAAGCGCCACCACGUGGUCGUCUACCUCCUCCUGCUUUCUCCUGAGAGCCACCAGCAGCUACAGAUGAGAUUUAAGCCAGACGAGGCUGAAGUGAGUGCGUACACGUGGCUGGAACCCCAAGUCCUGGCCUCUGUUGCCGCUGCAGAGGAUGGCGCUGGAGAUCCUAGGAAGGUAGCAGAAGACCUCCCACCAGUUGUCAGGAUCACAGAACUACAGCAGGGCUCGGCAGAGACCACCACAAUUCCUACCGCAACGUUCCUCAACACUGCUCCCCUGCAAGGCGAGGACGUGGAACGCGUCAGCACCGGGACCAAGUUUGCCCUUCGGCUCUGGCUCGACACGUUAGCACUGCAACCAAAGUGAGCAGGACAGCCGAUUGAUGCACGUUUGGAGAGAUAAAUGGCAAUCGGACAGGAUACUGAAACGCCAGUGACCAACUUUAAACAUACUUGGCCUGCACUUUUGACACUUGCUGCCACCAAAGAUCAGCUUCCCUUGUGCACUCGUGACACAUUCCCAGUGGGAAGCUGCUGGGUACAGAGGAUUUUGGGUCGGCAUGCGGAAGCCAGGGGGAAUGAAUGAUACUGAGACUGCAGGA